AUGGAGGGGAUAUUUGACAUCUCUGACUUGCUUGAGAGAUGCAAGGAUAGGGUGUUUUUGAGCAACAACAGAGAAAAAAUAAGAGAGAUAGUUAUGAAGCCUCCACUAAAGGAGCAAGCAAGGAUGUUGCUAGGAACCAAAAAGAAUGUAUUUGCGAUCAGACUGAUUGAGGCAACAGACAUUCCUGCGCUUGAGAUGAUUCCGUGCCUUGCAGACAAGAGAAAUAUCAAUCAGUAUGUAUAUUCUACGUACUACCAUUUUUAUAGGACUGGCCUGAUUGAGAGGGCUGUGUUUGAGAAGGCGAGGGAAGAUUUCAAAUGCAUGAAGAACUACGAAAAGAUGUUUGAAGACACAAGGAGCUCGUUCAUUAUUUCGAAGAUAGAGUCUGACAGACGAAAGGACAAGGUUAUGAAGAGAGAGCUAAGCAGGGUGGUUGAUGUACGAGACGAGAUAAAGUCGUUGAUGAUUGAGCUACCUGAGAUUUCUUGUGAAGAAGUAAUGAGGAUCGAGGGUGUUGAUUCAGGAGUGAAGAAUGUGUUUGUGGUUGAUCUUGACCCGAUUUUUGACAUCAAAUGGCUGAGGUGCCAGGCAAAGGAAGAGGUAGUGAAAAGGAUAUCAGACAUCCGAGAUAUCUUAUUCUGCAUUGAUAGAGGAGAUGCAAUCAAUACACUUGGCGAUGUAGGAGAGUGCCAUGCGGGGAGAUGCUAUAAUGGAAGAUCAAUGGCAGACAUAAAGGGCGAGAAGUAUUGCAAGCUUGAGAGAGUGUUUAAUGGGCCUGAGAAGCUGAAUUUUACAUGCACACCUCUUUUCUAUACGAUUGAUAGGCUUUUGAAGAAUCGAAUAACAAGGCUAUACGAUUCGAUUGUGAAGCUGUAUAGAAUGAAGCAGCCUGUGUAUCUUGUGUCAACAUGCAGCCUUUCCCAGGUUCUUGCAGAGCUCCUGUUUUUUGAAUAUUCGUGUGUAGAUAUAAGGUUCGUCAUAUCAAUUGGUGGGAAUGCAUCUGCAGUGUAUGAGGAUAUCCAGAAGAAAGACAAUGCAAGAAUUGUUUGCGUUGGAAGUGGAACAUAUCUUUCUUCAGACAGGGCAGACGUAUAUCGCAUCGAGUAUGAAAACUUCAAGAAGAUGGUUGAUGGCAUGCUUCAUAUGUGGAAUGAAAAAGGAGCAGAACAUGAACAUGGCGAGGUUGAUGCAUAG